AGUGUAAAUAAAAUUAUUGUAUUACUAUUCCAGAUACACGCAGGAGAAAGCAGCAAAGGAGAUAGCAGACAUGAAAGCAAGAAAAAACAUAAUGGGCAAAAAUCCUGUAAACAUCAGUGCGAUUGGGGUGCUGUUCAAGGUGGAGAACAAGAAGAAGUUAUUGGACACAUAGCUUUAUUGGAUAUCAAGAAAACGCAAGAGAUCCACAAAGCUCAUGCCCAAGUUAAUCGAGAUUUUGGCAAUAUCUUCUCCACGCUGUUACCUGGUGCCUCAGCCAAAGUUGAACCGCCUGCUGGAAAAACCGUUGAGCAAGGACUUGAAGUAAAAGUGGCAUUCAAUGACAAAUGGAAAGAUUCCCUCCAGGAACUAUCAGGAGGACAACGCUCUCUUGUUGCUCUGUCGUUGGUGUUGGCCAUGUUGAAGUUCAGGCCGGCUCCGAUUUAUAUAUUGGAUGAGUUCAUCAUUGUGUCCUUGAAAGAAGGCAUGUUCAACCACGCGAAUGUGCUCUACAAGACGAAAUUUUGCGACGGAACUUCGCAGGUCACCCGAACCACCAACAAGGCUGCGAUCACUGAGCACUGA